AUGAAGUACCUUCCCGGUAAACUUUCCCCAACGCAUGAUCCCGUUAUGAUGUACAAGCAAUCGGAAGUACAAGAAAUGAAUAUGAUGAAUACGAAACAAGGACAAUGGAAGACUGAUCAGAGACAUCCGGGUUAUCUCCCAGCAAUUGUAAGGAAUCGCCUGACUACGGCAUGGAUGCGAAAGUACGCAAAGAAGAAAACGGAAAAUAAUUGCCACGAAAUCGAAGCUCGCUUCGCUGUCUACAUUGAAGAGGCGGACAGAGGACAAUAUCAGAUGUACCCUGCAACCGUCAGCGAGCAGAUUAGAACGCUGUGCUUGAAAUGGAUGCUGCGGACAAAAAGAAGAGAUCCUCAGGCAGAUUAUAUCAAAACAAAACCAGGCAAAGAGCUGUUUUGUCUGCUUGGACAAAUCUCUCAAGUGAUCAACAACACAAAAGUGCUGCGCCCUAGAAUGCGGGUAGUUUCUUCAAGCUGUGACUGUAUCACUGGGAUCUUGGAGGAGUACGAAAGACUGUUCACUGACAAUCCAUUUCAAGCUUGUACUUUGUCACAAGUAGGACCCCACGGAAAUCCGAAACUCAUGAGAUAUUCGCUAUCACCUGUUGAUAUGGCACAAAUUGAGGCUAGAAACACUCUAUCUGCUGAUGAAGAUCAAAAUUCGCGUGAACCUUCCAGUUUAAGUAAGGAAGUGGAUCGCUUUUGGAUGUUGAGCAAAGAAGAAAAAACUCUAUUGCGAAUAAAGAAGCAGAACGAAGUGGUUUGGGAGAUGGCCAAACAGAACAGCGACUUCUUAGCGCAGUCUAUGGCACUAUAG